AUGGUCAAGCGAGGCACUGGCGAAUACCUGGCCACGGCCGCGCCACCGUCCGCGCCGUCGCCGCCGCCGUCCGGAGCGGCCAAUGGGCCCGCGAGCGUCUCGGCCGUGUGGUCGUACUUCGAGAAGGACCAGUCGGGCAACUCGGUCUGCAAGUUCUGCGACCGCGUGAUCAAAGGCCACCACUCGUCGAACCUCUUGUCGCACCUGCGCACUGCGGGACGGACGGACGCCACGCACCAACAGGCGAACAACGUGUGCGAAGAGCACCGCGAGACGAAGCGCCACUUCAAGCGGCAGAAGAUCGGCCUCCAGGCUGGCCAGGCCUGCGCCGAGUUCGUGAGCGCGGCGAUGUACUCGUCGCCCGGGGCGUCGCAAGCGCUGGCGGCGGCUGUUGCGGCGGCCGCAGCGGCGGGUGGCGGAAGCUCGCCCAGUGUGCUCACCGCAGCGCUGAAGCGCGACCCGUCGUCGGGUUUCUACGCGUACUCGUCGCCAGGGACAGCACUGGGGACAGCACUGGCGAAGGAGCAGAAAGAGACGCUGGCUGCUGGCACCAGUUUCUACCACCCGAUGCCGCCGGUGCAGGUGCCUGCCGAGCAGCUGACGCAGGACUUGAGUCUCAUGGCGCUGAUGGACAAUUUGCCGCUGGGUUUUGCAGCGAAGCCAGGCAUGCGGUACGUGAUGAACCAGCUGUAUGGCGAGAAGAAGCUCGUGCUGCCGACGGAAGACGUGCUGGCCAAGAGCAUCUUGUUGCUGCACGAGAGUGUGUUUGGGACGACAAGGGUGAUGGUGGCGAGGGCCAAGAGUGUCGGCGUAUCGCUCGAGGUGUGGCGGCACCCGGCGUUGACGAAGCCCAAGCCGACGCAGUAUUUGGCAAUCAAAGUGCACUUUAGUGUGAACUUUCGACUGUUUGAUAUUGCCGUGGGCGCUGUGUCGUUGGACGAAGUGGCUGGACUGGAGACGAUCAAGAGCACACUUGACUCGUACCUCGAACGGCUUGGCAUCAAAGACAAGGUCAUUGCUGUUGUCAUUGAUGAGCUUCCGACAAAGGUCGCACUUGCGGCAUCGGACCUCCCGUCGCACUUUAUGCCUAUCAACUUUGACGGUCGGCUCGUUUCGCCCGAUGCAGCACAGGGCACGCUUCUCGUCACUUCGGCAGUGCAGCACCUGCGUGUCUGCUUGACUUUUGACCUAUUCGCCCGGUCAUUUCCGAACGUCGUGAGUCAGAUCGAAGAGUUCGUGACUCGGCUCGCAGAGAACGAAGGGGCGACGCUUUGUUUGUACCGCAAGUGCCCGCUGUACGACGUCGAGCUGUUCAGCAGAGGGCACGGGGCAGCAGAGUCUUACUAUGGGUUCCUUCGCAAAUUGUUCGAGCACUUGCCUGCGCUGGAACAGAUCGCCGAGGCUAACUUAGUAGCGUUCCUCCCUGCAUCAACGGUGGAAUCCAUCGGCUUGUUAGUGAAGAAACUGCGGCCAUUUUUGAGGUACUCGGAGGCCCUAGAGGGAGAAAAGAACAAGAAAACGGGCAGCGACAAGGAGGUCAACAAGAAUGGCAUUUCAAGCAUCUCAACCAUCGCCGCUGCUUUGGUGGCGUAUGCGGAGAAACAAGCGCAUCUGGCAGUCACGGGUGUGCCUGUGCAUCUAGAACCAGCCACAUGGAAGCGUUUUUUCGAGACGCUCGCAAGGAAGUUGCGCGAUCAGUUUGCAACGCUUCCACCAGUCUGCUACGCAGCGACGUUGUUCGACCCACGAUACAAAAAUCGCGAAUACUGCUACCUGUCGCCCAAGGUGGAGUGCGGACUUGGCAAGGACUUUCUUCGUCAGACAUUCACACCUGAAGGCAACUCAAUGCAGACAUCGAACGUCUCAGAUUCCGCGGGGCUAUCAGACUCAGGUGCAGACUCCGUGGCUAGACUGGCAUCGUCUUCCUAUGCAGAGCUGACGAAGGAACCGGCUGGGCUAGUGCACAGCGACGUGGGACUUGCUGACGACGAAGAUGAUGACCUGCUUUCGCACCUGCCGUCUGAGACAUCGCACUCAUCUCUUCGAGGUGAGAAUGAGACGGUUGCGAUGUGGGAAAAAGAGCUGAGCGCGUUCUUGAGCCUGCCGGUUUCGGAGCGCAAUGUGGAUCCGUUGGCCUGGUGGAAGAUGAACCAGCUCCGUUUCCCGCUGAUUGCACCUUAUGCCGAAAUGGUGUUGUCGCUGCCCGCAGCAUCUUCGAGCGGCGAGACUGUCCGAACGCAAGUGCAUAGUGUGCUUCUGCGCACAGAAGGGCCUAGUCGCGAGGCAUCGCUGGCCGAUAACCCGGCCAUGAUAGACGCCUUUUUGUGCUUCCAGAAAAACAAAGAGUGCGCAGUCGAGUGGGUUCGGUCAGGGUCGAGCGCCAACGGUAUUGCAGAGGCAGCAGGACUCAGUGUCGAUCCGGAAGCGAGUUCUGGGAGUUUCAAGCACAUCGAGAACGUGUGA